AUGGACGUAAUCGUGAUUGGUUGUGGCGCGGCCGGUAUCGCGGCGCUGCGGAAGCUUCACGAGGCCGGCUUGAAAGUACUGGGCUUAGAGGCAGGAGACAGGAUCGGUGGCAGAAUAUGUACUGUGCCAUACGGUGACCGCUAUCUUGAUUUGGGAGCUGCUUGGUGCCACGGCGAGAAGGACAACGUAGUCUUCGAAAUAGCAAAUCCAUUAAAUCUUUUAAGUAGAUCAGAAUCAGACAAAAAAUAUUUCGUUUUGUCGAACGGAACUUUAUUGCCCCAAGAAACUGGAGAAGAAUUCGUUAAAGCUUUGAAUGAUGAACUAACUGCUGCAGAUAAGAGUGCAGGAUCUAUUUCUGGCUGCGUACGAAACGCUGCAAAAACAAAUCAAAUACUAAAAAAAGAUCCUGCAUUAGCUCAAUUAUUUAUAGAAUGGUUUGAACACGAAAACCAUGUCGGUGGACAAGAUGACCCAAAGAAGGGUAAAUCAUUAAAAGGUUUAGAGGAGUUUCACAGUUGUGAAGGAGACUUUUUGCUCAACUGGAAAGGCAGGGGUUUUAGGACUAUUCUUGAUGUUCUUUUGAAUAAAUAUCCUGAUGCAUCCAAAGAACUCCCAGUAGAGAUCCAUCUUAAGAAAGAAGUUGAAAGUAUAAAAUGGGGAACUACCAAGCCAGGUUUGGAUUCUGGAAAUCCGUUGGUACAAAUUAAGUGCAAAGAUGGAAGCUUGUUUGCUGCUAAAAGCGUCAUCAUUACUGUAUCUCUUGGAGUUUUAAAAGAAAGACACAACCAAUUAUUUAAUCCUCCUUUACCAAUCGAAAAGGUCAAUGCAAUAAACAACCUACAGCUAUGUGUCCUCGACAAGAUUUACAUAGAAUUUACAAAACCUUGGUGGCCGAAACAAGCAUUGAGUCUAAAUAUUUUAUGGAAAAAAGAGGACAAAGCUAAAUUUUCCGUUGAAGAACAAUGGGUGACAGAAGUUUCUGGAUUCCUAACAGUGGAACAUCAUCCUAAUUUGCUUCUUGGAUGGAUAUAUGGAGAAGGCGCGAAGAAAAUGGAGAAAAUAAGUGAGGAACAAGUAAAGGCUACGAUUAUUAAGAUGUUAGAAAUAUUUUUCAAUAAAUUUCCCAUGGCGCCUGUAAAGUCAAUAUUGAGGACACAAUGGGCAUCAAACCCUCUAACCAGAGGAUCGUAUUCAUACCGCAGUGUUGCCACUGAAGAGAAAGGCGGAAGUUCGGCCAUUUUGUCUGAACCAUUGUAUCAUGGCAACGAUUUCCCCGUCGCUUGUUUCGCUGGUGAAGCCACUUCAUAUCACCAUUACUCAGGAGUACACGGGGCUGUGGAGUCAGGGUUUAGAGAAGCCGAGAGACUGAUAUCGUGUUUUAAAAAAUAAUUUUUUAACAUAAAAAUGUAAUCACAUACUAACUACGCAUUUCCGUAAACCUAAUCGCAAAAAUCAGAAAAUUUACAGAUUAUUAACUUUUUAGCGAUAGCAACUGUUUAAACAAUCAAUUUUCUAUCGCUUGGCUAAAGUAUAAUAAGGCCUGGGCAAAUAUUAUCAUUGUAGUACAUUAUUAUUAUUCAAUAUAUAGUGCUGACUAUGGUAUUACAAUGUCAUGACAGUGACAUAUGGAGUAUAGUGUCAUAGUACGACACUUUCAUAAUAGUUCAGUGCGUAUGACAGUAGUGUCCUAGUACGACAAUAUCAUGAUAGUUCAGUACAUAAUUAUGUCAGUAUGCAAUGUCAUAUACGGCAGUAUAGUAUCAAUCACAUAUCACAGCACGACAGUAUCAAGAUGAAUCUGGAUCAUAAUAAUAUCGUUGUCCUACCUAGACUACAGAUGUACUGGAAAUGAGCAGUUUGUAUAUGUCUACAUUUCUUUUCCAAAAACGAUAAAUAUAAUAACUGGUGUUGGAUUAUUUCUACCAUUUUUGCACCCAUUUUAUUAAAUAUUUUUUUAAACUUUAUGAAUGUUGUAAUCAGAUAAAUAAAAAGCUUGUUAAAAUAA